AUGAAAAACCUAUCCAGUGCUAAAAUGCUACGGUACCUCUGCAGCGCCGCUAUUGUAGUGGAAUGUGAUCGGUUGCAAAUCAUGCGUGUGUGUGGGAUAAGGCGCGUCAUGACACAGGUAGAUGAGAGAAUUGUGCCUGUGACGGAUCCGGAGAGCAAUUAUGGUCAGUAUCUGGCGAACCUCCCAUCAGAUUGUCACCAAUACAUUGUUCCUGUUGAGAUAGCAGAAUCAGCUUCAAAAACUGCUUUGCAAUACGAAAGCACUCUUCGCGCUACAUUAUGUCCAGAGCAAAUAGGUCGUUUGCCGAGAUUUGACAUACUCUUUCUUGGAAUGGGCCCAGAUGGUCAUACUUGUAGUCUUUUUCCGGGCCACCGCCUUCUUCAAAAGUCUGACUUACUCACAUGGGUGGUGGCUGUUACUGAUUCUCCUAAACCGCCAUCGCAACGAAUCUCACUCACAUUACCAGUGCUUAAUGCUGCCAAGAAUGUAGCUUUUAUUAUUACCGGAGAAGAUAAAGCAGCAAUGGUUAAGACUGUACUUGAUUCUGAUGUGCAACAUGUUCCUGCGUCCUGUGUAAGGCCAUUUAGUAAGAAACUUCGUUUCUUUCUAGAUAAAGGUGCUGCUAGCAAGCUGUAG